AACAAUCUGAGGCAGCUUUUUCAUGAAGCCCCCCCUCAACAAGUUGAAGCAGUGAAGCAGAGAAAGGAAGAGCUGCUUUCAAACAAACAGCCUGUGAUGGAAAUCCCUGCCAUAAAUCUAAAGGCCAUAGUCCUGGUGCACUGGGUGCUUACAGUAUGGGGCUCCAUGGUGUGGCUCCCAUCGUCCUAUGCUUGGAGUAACUUCACUGUUUUUGCUGGCGUCUGGGCCAUCGCACAGAGGGACUCCAUCGACGCCGUGCUCAUGUUUCUGAUGGGGAUGGUCGUGACGAUAUUGACCGACAUCAUCCAUUUGGGGAUCUUUUACCCGGUGAAUGACUUUGCGACAGAGAGCAGCAGAAACGUGUUUCGCUUCAGCGCGGGAAUGGCCAUCCUCAGCCUGCUGCUCAAACCUGUGUCCUGCUUCUUCGUCUACCAGAUGUACCGCGAGCGUGGAGGAGAUUACAACGUUAACUUUGGUUUCCCCUCUGUGUCACGAAACAGAGAGACCUACCAGUCCAUCGACCAACAGGACGAGUCCUCCGCUCCGGUGAAUCCCUCCAACCAGGCCCAGGACAGCAAACCAGCCGUCCGCACAUACUGAGAGAACCAGACGGUGAACAAUGCAGUGUUUUUUCCUCUGACUCUUUAUGCAGCAGCACCGUGCUCAGUGGGCAGUUUUUGCAAUCGAUUCCACAUCCGUCACCGCGCUCAGUACAGUCGAUGUGCAGCAGAUUGCACUGACGGCAAAAUUAAUACUUUAUAUUACGCUCUAAAUCAUUAGCUCUGUUUGGGUUUUGGAAUAAAAAUGUGGCGUAAUUAAAGCCAUUAACAUUGGUUCUUAAAAGGUUGUAAUGGUUUUCUGCUGAGCUGGCACAUCUCUGCUGAAUAAAUACAGAGGGAACACUGCUCUACCUCUCCCCUGCUGUGUUACUGUACCGCCUACUAUUUUUAGUAGGGGGGUGUUGAAUGGAGCUGUUGUGUCAGUUUACUUGUCGUGUCACUUUUUUUUUUUUUUUUUUACAAAUUUGGCACUUACAUACAUUUUGUUUAUUAUUAUUUUCCUAUUACUCCUUUACGGUACAACAAUUCUUAAAGCACAUGAUCGUUUUUUAACACAAUAGAAAUGAAAUGAAUGUUCAGUGUCGUGCCUUUAGAAGCUACCUUGUGCCUUUUUUACUUUUUCAGCUCAAACGAGCUGUGGCAUUUGAGUUGAAGACGCUGUGACCAAAUUGAAGUUUGAGGCCUUUCUUCUCAUGACUGAGCAAGACCUCCAUAGUGCAGUGCAGCACACAGAGGGUCACUGUUCACUUGAUAUUGAUCUAUGCAAAGUCGGAUCUAGUGCUGCAACUAUGAAAAACACAUAAAAACAUGGAGAUGUUUGAGAAAAAAAUGAAAUAAAUGUGAAGAUUUUUAUCAACUGUGCAUAAAAGACAAAUGUUUCUUUAUUUAAGCUAUUGUCAUCGUCGU